AUGGGAUCAUCACCACCUCCACCUUUAUCUGGUCCUGCAUUACAAGCAGAGCUUGAUCGUUCCUUUCGUCAGAUUGUCGCCGAUGCUUGUGAAUCUCACCCGCAUAUGGCUCACUUUCUCACAAAUUUUCAUUUCAAAGAUGGGAAUAGAAGAUCCUCCCAGAUCGACCAGUUCCUUAGCUCUUCACCAUUUUCCUCUUCUCAACCAAAUCAGCUGGAAUCCAAAAAUGUUUUAUCAGCCAACCCAAAUAAUCCUUCAGUUUCAAUGCAUGCCAACUCCACUCGUUCAUCAAUACCAUACAUUGGCAACUCUCAGAACCCUCCCAGACAGAACAAUGAAAAUCCAGCCACACAACCAAACAUUUUACCCCUGGGAAAUCCAAGGCCUGAUGACCAGAACCCGAUUCGCAAUCAAUCAGCUAUACCACCCAUACCCAUAGAAACCAUACACAGAAUUAUCAAUUCACUACCAACAAACAGAUCCAUUGGUUCAUCGUCCAGUGGAGAAGGAAGCAGUUAUGAUAGAGUUAUCCGACGAGCAAGAUCGAGAGCACCUUGGAAGAGUAUGUACGAGCACAUUGACCUUGGAAGAGUAUGUACCACCCUAGCUGGUGGUAGUUCGUCGAGAAAUCAACCCGAACCGAAUCAAUAUUGUAGAUGCAUCGAGAAAACAGUGAUGGAAGGCCCGGGUAUGCCUUCCAUGAGGACUUGCCUGGUUCAUGAACCUUCCGACGAGCUAUUGGAUUUGUCUAUGUUAACUCCUCAUGUACCACCGCCACCACCAGUUGUACAUCGUAAUGAUUUAAUGGCGGGUUCACUUCCUAGUCAUCACAAUGUUGGAGGUUUGGUUCCUGCUCCACUGAACUCAACCAUCCAGUACGGACUUAAUUUCCAAAGUGAUGAUGUAAUUAGUAGGAUGGCGGGUUCGGUUCAUGGUCAUCAGAAUGUUGGAGGAUUGGUUUCUGCUCCGUUGAACUCUAACAUCCAACAAGGACUUGAUUCCCAAGGGUACCAGAGAGACACUAUAACCUCAAUAUUCGACUUGGAAUGGAAUACCGUCCCCCAACAGCCUACAUCAUUUUCUACUUUUCCAAUUCCGGAAACGGUACCAAAUCCAGAGAUUGAAACGAGGAAUUGGCAGCAUUUUAAUCUGGAAUCACAUAGCGAAGGCACAGGUAAUGCUAGCAAUUUGGGAAGCAGCUCAUUCAUGCAGGAACAAAGCAUUUGGAGCAUUAACACAAUACAGAUGGAUUCUUACAACAACGCUCUGGAAACCUCUGCAUCUAUGAUCCCCUCUUCAUCUUCUGAUGGUGGGCCCACAAUUUACCAAAAUACAACAACAUCAGAAAGAAACAAUACUAAUGGCGUUGAUGAUGAGAACAAGCUUGGAGAAGAGUUAGGACAAAACCAAUGGCCUCCAGAACCAAAUGAGCAAGUCAUUGGAGACGAUGACUUCUCAGAUUUGAUCACAAACUGGCCCGAUCAUCUUCAGUUCAUGAUGGACAACCGAGAUAUACUCGGAUUUGAUAUUGAUGCGCAACAAACAUGA